UGUGCUUUGCUGUUAUUAAUUAAGUGAUUACUUCAUGCCACGUCUCACUGUCAACUUUCUAAAUGCCAUACAAACAGAAACAAGCUUUAACUGAAGAGACAGGAAUGAAGUGCCUUCUGUCUCUGAUGGUUAAUUUUAUAACACUUUCCGCUGCAUUUCCUCCAGACAGGAAGGACAAAAAUGAGGAGAACAACCAACUGGCCCAGGCAUAUCUCAACCAGUUCUACUCUCUUGAAAUAGAAGGGAGUCAUUUUGUCCAAAGCAAGAACAGGAGUCUCUUUGAUGGAAAACUUCGGGAAAUGCAGGCAUUUUUCGGAUUGACAGUGACUGGAAAACUGGAUUCAGACACACUUGCGAUCAUGAAAGUGCCCAGGUGUGGGGUACCAGAUGUGGGGCAAUAUGGCUACACACUCCCUGGGUGGAGAAAAUACAGCCUUACAUACAGAAUAAUGAACUAUACUCCUGAUAUGACACCAGCUGAUGUGGAUGAGGCUAUUCAGAAAGCUCUACAAGUUUGGAGCAAGGUCACUCCACUGACGUUUACCAGGAUAUCCAAGGGGGUUGCAGAUAUAAUGAUAGCAUUCAGGACAGGAGUCCAUGGCUGGUGUCCUCGUCACUUUGAUGGUCCUCUGGGAGUCCUUGGCCAUGCCUUUCCUCCUGGUCUGGGUCUAGGUGGUGACACUCACUUUGACGAAGAUGAAACAUGGAUAGCCAAGGAUGGGGAAGGGUUCAACUUGUUUCUUGUGGCUGCUCAUGAAUUUGGUCACUCUCUGGGGCUGUCCCACUCCAAUGAUCAAACAGCCUUGAUGUUCCCCAAUUACAUCUCCCUGGAUCCUAGCAAAUACCCACUUUCUCAGGAUGAUAUUGAUGGGAUCCAGUCCAUCUAUGGAAGUCCACCUAAGGUAACCACCAAGCCAAGUGGAAAUUCUGAACCCCACGCCUGUGACCCCACCUUGACUUUUGAUGCUAUCACUACUUUCCGCAGGGAAGUUAUGUUCUUUAAAGGCAGGCACUUAUGGAGGGUCUACUCUGAUAUUGCUGGUGCUGAGUUUGAGUUUAUUGAUUCCUUCUGGCCAUCUCUGCCAGCUGAUCUUCAAGCUGCCUAUGAAAGCCCCAGAGAUGAGCUCCUUGUUUUUAAAGAUGAGAAUUUCUGGGUCAUCAGGGGAUAUUCUGUCUUGCCCGGUUACCCCAAAUCCAUCCACACACUCGGAUUUCCAAGACGUGUGAAGAAAAUUGAUGCAGCCGUCUGUGAUCAUGAUACAAGAAAAACCUUCUUUUUUGUUGGCAUCUGGUGCUGGAGGUAUGAUGAGAUGGCACAAGCAAUGGACAGAGGAUUCCCACAGAGGAUAAUAAAGUGCUUCCCAGGAAUUCGCCUCCGUGUGGAUGCUGUCUUCCAACAUAAUGGAUUCCUCUAUUUCUUCCAUGGGUCGAGGCAAUUUGAAUAUGACAUGAAGGCGAAAAAUAUCACCCAAGUGAUCAAAACCAAUUCUUGGUUCCUGUGUAACGAACCAUUAAACGCAUCAUUCAAUGUCAGUGUCAAAGGAAAAGCAAAUUCAAUUGGCACAGUGAUAUUACAUCAUAAAAGGUUAAGCUUGCUCACUUUCAGUAUUGUUCAUGUGCUGACAAAAACAUACAAUUAACAAUAAAUUCCACAAAUAAACCAAAACAAAUCUUUUAACCUGAACUCUGCCUCAGGAAGACUCAAGAGUGGGAGAGAUGACCCAGUGGUUAAGUGCACUGGCUGCUCUUUCAAAGGACCCAGGUUUGAUUCUCAGUACCCACAUGGCAGUCCACAGCUCUCUGUAACUCCAGACCCAGGGAAAUCUGAUGCCCUCUCUGGCCUCUGAGGGCACUGCACAAGCAUGGUGCAUAGACAUAUACAUGCAAGCAAACGGCUAUAUAUUUAAAAUAAAAUGAAAAAGUAAAAUAAUUGAGCCCAAUUCUUUAGCAUCAAGUUCUUACUCCUACUAUAUAUCAGCUGGGUAACCAAUAACCAGUUAAAGUAUCUGAUUCUUCUAACAGUGAAGUUUUAAAUAUGACAAAAAUCUCUCACUUAUUUUGAGUCUAAUUAAUGAUUUGCAAACUUGGAAAAUUAAAGCAUGUCUUAAAAAUAAACAUUAAAGACAAUUCUU